UGCAACGAAAUUUUUAUUGAAAUUGAAACAUGACCAAAACAAUUAAUAUUAAUUAAUUAAUUUUCGAUAUUUUUAUAAAUAGGGUUUUUGCGUGUCGAAAAGUUAUGUAUUUGUAUUAUAUUGGUUGCUCUUAUUUUUGUUAAUAAAAAGUAGUUUAAAAAUUUGUUUUUUUUUUAAUAAAGCAAACUCAUCACAAAAUUGGUAUACCUCAACAACAGAUUAUAAAAAUGACAACGGUCGAGCGCAGAAAUAAAAAGAAUGAAAUUAGAUGGCUCCCAAUAAAUAUAUUAGAAUCAAAAAAUUUGUUUAAUUAUGCAAUUAUAAUUUUGAAUACUGAAUUAAAAGUUCCACCAGAAAUAACAAGAAGUCUUUGGAAUAAUGCUAAAGUACGGAUCACUGUUGAUGGUGGAACAAACAGGUGGCUAUAUUUUCUUAAAAAUUUCUGUCAAGAUAUAGAAAUGAAACCGCCAGAUUUUAUUACUGGAGAUUUUGAUUCAGUUGAAAAAGAUACAUUGGAUUUUUUUUACAAUAGUUUAAAAAUGCACACACCAAAUCAAAAUGAAACAGAUUUUACAAAAAGUUUACGGGUAUUACAAAAAGAAACGGAUGGCGUACCUGAUAUAAUAGUAAUACAGGAAAAUGCUGGUCGUUUUGAUCAAAUUAUGGCUAAUUUAAAUACAUUAUUCAAAGCUAAAGAAAUCCUGCCAUCAAAAGUAUUUUUAUUGAGUAGUAACUCAUUGUCAUGGCUUUUAAAACCUGGAAAACAUUCCAUUGAAAUACCGGCGGAUUUAGUAUCGGGACAACGUUGGUGUUGCUUGAUUCCAAUUAAAAACCAAUGUACAGUAACUACUGAUGGUUUAAAAUGGAAUUUAGAAAAUAGCUUAACACAAUUCGGAGGAAUGGUUAGUACUUCAAAUACUUAUGCAAGAGACUUAGUAGAAGUGAAUACAGACGAAACUAUUUUAUGGUCAAUGGGUGUUUAUAGCUUUUUAGAUUAACUCUUUUAUAGUAAAAACGUAAAAUAUAUUUAAUAAUUUAUGAGAUACUUAAAUAGUUACAUUAAAAAAAUUAUAAACAUGUAUAUUGGGAUGUAUUUAUAUGUAUACACUUUAAUAUUCAGCUUUUCAUUAU